AUGGACGGGACGACCGAGCUGCUCUUCUACGUGAACGGCCGCAAGGUGAUAGAAAAAAAUGUCGAUCCUGAAACAAUGCUGUUACCAUAUCUGAGGAAGAAGCUCCGACUCACAGGAACUAAAUAUGGCUGUGGAGCGGGAGGCUGUGGUGCCUGCACGGUGAUGAUAUCACGAUGUAACCCCAUUACCAAGAGGAUAAGACAUUAUUCAGCCAACGCCUGUCUGAUUCCCAUCUGUUCUCUGUAUGGUGCUGCCGUCACCACAGUGGAAGGCAUAGGAAGCACCAAGACCAGGAUUCAUCCUGUUCAGGAGAGGAUUGCCAAGUGUCAUGGCACACAGUGUGGCUUCUGCACCCCUGGGAUGGUGAUGUCCAUCUACACGCUGCUGAGGAACCAUCCAGAGCCCACCCUGAGUCAGUUAACUGAUGCUCUUGGUGGUAACUUGUGCCGUUGCACUGGAUACAGGCCCAUAAUCGAUGCAUGCAAGACUUUCUGUAAAAUUUCUGGCUGCUAUCAAAGUAAAGAAAAUGGGGUUUGCUGUUUGGAUCAAGGAAUAAAUGGAUUACCAGAGUUUGAGGAAGGAAAUGAGACAAAUCUAAAACUCUUCUCAGAAGAGGAGUUUCUGCCAUUGGAUCCAACUCAGGAAUUGAUAUUUCCUCCUGAGCUAAUGACGAUGGCUGAGAAACAACCUCAAAGGACCAGGAUUUUUGGUGGUGAUAGAAUGACAUGGAUUUCUCCAGUGACCCUGAAGGAACUUCUAGAAGCCAAAGUCAAGUAUCCCCAGGCCCCGGUUGUCAUGGGGAACACCUCUGUGGGGCCUGACAUGAAAUUUAAAGGCAUCUUUCACCCAGUUAUAAUUUCUCCUGAUAGAAUUGAAGAACUGAGUGUUGUAAACUAUACAGAUAAUGGACUGACCUUAGGUGCUGCCCUCAGCCUGGCUCAGGUGAAGGACGUCCUGGCUAAUGGGACCCUGAAGCUCCCGGAGGAGAAGACACAGAUGUACCAUGCUCUCUUGAAGCAUUUGGGAACUCUGGCUGGAUCCCAGAUCAGGAACAUGGCUUCUUUAGGGGGCCACAUAGUGAGCAGGCAUCCAGAUUCGGAUCUGAACCCCCUCCUCGCCGUGGGCAACUGUACCCUCAACUUGCUAUCAAAAGAAGGAAAACGACAGAUUCCUUUAAAUGAGCAGUUUCUCAGAAAGUGCCCCAGUGCUGACCUUAAGCCUGAAGAAAUCUUGAUCUCAGUGAACAUCCCUUAUUUGAGGAAGUGGGAGUUUGUGUCAGCCUUCCGACAAGCCCAGCGGCAACAGAACGCGCUAGCGAUAGUCAAUUCGGGAAUGAGAGUUUUUUUUGGAGGAGGAGAUGGCAUCAUUAGAGAGUUAUCCAUUGCAUAUGGAGGCGUUGGUCCAACCACCAUCUGUGCAAAGAAUUCCUGCCAGAAACUCAUUGGAAGGCGCUGGGAUGAAGAGAUGCUGGACACAGCUUGCAGGCUGAUUCUGGAUGAAGUCUCCCUCCCAGGCUCAGCCCCAGGUGGGAGGGUGGAGUUCAGGAGGACUCUCAUCAUCAGCUUCCUCUUCAAGUUCUACCUGGAAGUGUCACAGAUUUUGAAGAGGAUGGACCCGGUUCACUAUCCUAGCCUUACAGACAAGUACGAGAGUGCUUUAGAAGAGCUUCAUUCCAGACAUCCCUGGAGAACAUUAAAGUACCAGAAUGCAGACCCAAAGCAGCUCCCUGAAGACCCAGUUGGCCAUCCCAUCAUGCAUCUGUCUGGUAUUAAGCAUGCCACAGGUGAAGCCAUCUACUGUGAUGACAUGCCUGCAGUGGACCGGGAGCUGUUCUUGACUUUUGUAACAAGCUCAAGAGCUCACGCUAAGAUUGUGUCUGUGGAUCUGUCAGAAGCUCUCAGUCUGCCAGGUGUGGUGGACAUCCUGACUGAGGAACAUCUUCAUGGCAUCAACUCCUUCCGCCUUUUAACCGUACCUGAGAAACUUCUAUCGACAGAUGAGGUAUUUUGCGUGGGUGAGCUUGUCUGUGCCGUGAUUGCUGAUUCCGAGGUUCAGGCAAAGCGAGCUGCACAGCGAGUGAAGAUUGUCUACCGAGAUUUUGAGCCACUGAUCCUGACCAUCGAGGAAGCUAUACAACACAAGUCCUUCUUCGAGCAAGAAAGGAAACUGGAGUAUGGAAAUAUUGAUGAAGCAUUUAAAAUGGUGGAUCAAGUUCUUGAAGGUGAAAUACACAUGGGAGGUCAAGAACAUUUUUAUAUGGAAACCCAAAGCAUGCUUGUUGUUCCCAAAGGAGAGGAUCAAGAAAUUGAUGUCUACGUGUCCACACAGUUUCCCAAAUACAUACAGGACAUAGUUGCUUCAACCUUGAAGCUCCCAGCUAACAAGGUCAUGUGUCAUGUAAAGCGUGUUGGUGGGGCUUUCGGGGGGAAGGUGAUGAAAACUGGCAUCAUGGCAGCCAUCACCGCAUUUGCUGCAAACAAGCAUGAUCGUGCAGUCCGCUGCAUUCUGGAACGAGGAGAAGACAUGUUAAUAACUGGAGGCCGCCACCCUUACCUUGGAAAGUAUAAAGCUGGAUUCAUGAACGAUGGCAGAAUCUUGGCCCUGGAUGUAGAGCAUUAUAGCAAUGGAGGUGCCUCCCUGGAUGAGUCAUUACUUAUAAUAGAGAUGGGACUUCUGAAAAUGGAAAAUGCCUACAAGUUUCCCAACCUGCGCUGUCGGGCAUGGGCGUGCAGAACCAACCUUCCGUCCAACACGGCUUUGCGAGGGUUUGGCUUUCCUCAGACAGGGCUGAUCACCGAAUCCUGUAUCACGGAAGUUGCAGCCAAAUGCGGGUUGUCUCCUGAGAAGGUCCGAACGAUAAACAUGUAUAAGGAAAUUGAUCAAACACCCUACAAACAAGAGAUUAAUGCCAAGAACCUGAUCCAGUGUUGGAAAGAAUGCAUGGCCAUGUCUUCCUACGCCCUAAGGAAAGCAGCCGUAGAAAAAUUCAACUCGGAGAACUGCUGGAAGAAGAAGGGGCUGGCAAUGGUCCCCCUGAAGUUUCCUGUCGGCCUUGGAUCAGUUGCUGCUGGUCAGGCUGCUGCCCUGGUUCACAUUUAUCUAGAUGGGUCUGUGCUGGUGACUCAUGGUGGAAUUGAAAUGGGGCAGGGGGUCCACACUAAAAUGAUUCAGGUGGCCAGUCGUGAAUUAAGGAUGCCAUUGUCCAACAUCCACCUUCGGGGAACAAGCACAGAAACCGUCCCUAAUGCAAACAUCUCUGGAGGCUCCGUGGUGGCCGAUCUCAAUGGGUUGGCAGUAAAGGAUGCUUGUCAAACUCUUCUAAAACGCCUUGAACCCAUCAUCAGCAAGAAUCCUGGAGGCACUUGGAAAGACUGGGCACAGGCUGCUUUUGAUGAAAGCAUUAGUCUUUCAGCUACUGGAUACUUCAGGGGUUAUGAGUCGAACAUGAACUGGGAGACAGGCGAAGGCCGUCCUUUCGAAUACUUUGUUUAUGGAGCUGCCUGUUCCGAGGUUGAGAUAGACUGUCUGACAGGUGCUCAUAAGAACAUCAGAACAGACAUUGUCAUGGAUGUUGGCUGCAGUAUAAAUCCAGCCCUUGACGUAGGCCAGAUUGAAGGUGCAUUUAUUCAAGGCGUGGGACUUUAUACAAUAGAGGAACUGAAUUAUUCUCCUCAGGGGGUCCUGUACACUCGGGGCCCAAACCAAUAUAAGAUCCCUGCCAUCUGUGACAUCCCCACGGAGUUGCACGUUUCUUUGUUGCCUCCGUCUCAAAACUCAAAUACCCUGUAUUCGUCUAAGGGUCUGGGAGAGUCUGGGAUAUUCCUGGGGUGUUCGGUGUUUUUCGCCAUCCAGGACGCGGUAAGUGCAGCACGACAGGAGAGAGGGCUGUUUGGACCGUUGAAGCUCAAUAGUCCGCUGACCCCAGAGAAGAUUAGAAUGGCCUGUGAAGACAAGUUCACAAAAAUGAUUCCAAGAGAUGAACCUGGAUCCUAUGUUCCUUGGAGUGUACCCAUAUGAAUCAAAUACAAACCUCUGGUGAAGAUGGGGUGGCUCUUCCAACAAAGCAAUCUAUCCAGUCUCAAUGCUCUAGGAUGAUGGGUCUGAAAGACAAAUUUUCACAGUUCAGAAAUCAUUUCACAGAGUAUUGCUUUUAUAGGAUGCUGAUUUUAAACGUUCCAUUUGGAAUUUGAUAGAUAUGCUUAAGCAAUUUAGAAAUCAUAUUUUAAAUGGCAUAAAUGCUAACUGGUUUCCUCUAGAAUGGUAUUCUUUAUUAUUCUGUCCCUUAAAUCCAUCCAGCUGAAUGGAAUGGAAGAUGAUGGUUUAUAUGUAAUUCAUAGUUGGCUUGUAUUCACCAACAGAAAUUAUACUGUCUAGUGAAAGGUGGUUUUCUAAGUAACUUUAUUAGUAUGAACUGUAAAGUUGUCAUUUUCUCAUUUGUCCCCAUCUGCUAUCACCCUCUUUUUCUUGUCAGAAUGGAUCUAGGCACUAUGUCUAAAGAGUCUGUAGGACCAAAGAAAAAACCAGAUAAAUUGAACUUAAUCAAAACUAAAAAGUUUUGUGCUUCAAAAGACACUACGAGAAAUUGAAAAGACAAACCACAGAACAGGAGAAAAUAUUGAAAAUAUUUGCAAAUCGUAUGUCUGAUAAAGAUCUACUGUGCAGAAUAUAUUUUAAAACU